AUGCGCUUCCUUCCCCUCCUCCUGGCGGCGCUGCCGCUGGUUGCCGCGCUCCCCGCGCCUGCGGAGCCCGCCAAUGCCAGCGCCGUUGUCGGCAACGAGCGUCACCUUGGCUGGCCCUGCACCAAGUCAAGCCAGUGCGGGACCAAGGACCUCUACUGCCGUCGCGGCAAGUGCGACGUCCGCAAGAAGCUUGGUUCAAAGUGUUACAAGUCAAUCGGGUGCAUCUCCAACAAGUGCUCGGAGAAGCGCUGUGUCGCCGGCGCCGUGCUGACGCUCGGCGAGCGGUGCGAGACAAGCAAGUCGUGCGCGUCUACGUACUGCGGCAAGUCCAAGUGCGCCGUGCCGCAGCCCGUCGGCGCCGAUUGCUACAAGUCAGCCGGUUGCCUGUCUGGCAUCUGCACGGACCACAAGUGCGCAGCGCCGGCGACAACGCCAAACCCGGAUCCUACGACGCCACCUACGACGCCCAAGGACCCCUCCGCACCUCAGGAUCCCUCCUCGCCCCAGGACCCCUCCACGCCCACCAACCCGACGCCCAACCCACCGACAGAUGAAGUCGGCAACGUCUCGGACAACGGCCACUUUGAGGACGACGAGGCCGGUCUUGCGCCAUGGCAGACGAUCGGAGAGACAAAGCGCAGCGACGUUGACUAUACCGCAUGGGACGGGACACAUUACGCAAUUCUGGAAGUCAACGAGGCCGGAGGCCCCGGACUGUACCAGCAGCCGUACACAGAACCGCCGCCGACGAGAAGAGACGGCCUUGAGGCGCGCGACACGCAGAUCCCCAGCGCAUACGACGUCUCGCUGAGGUACCGUGUGAACAAGAUUGCCAACGCUGGAGCAAAGGGCUGCCGCCUGGCGGUCCUCUAUGAUGGAAAGGCGCCAGACGCCAGUGGUGUUGUGCGGUACACCAGCGCAAGCAGCGAGUGGAAGGAGCUGCGCGCCAACGUCAAGAGCGACGAGGCCAUCCAGUACCUCUUCAUCGUCAUGGACUGCCCCGACGGCGGCACCACAACCGUUCACAUCGACGACAUCAACUUUGUUCCUUUGGCGCCGGAGGAGCCUGCCUUCACGCCAACUGAUGUUGCCAUGAACGGAGGUUUCGAGAGCGGCGAUGACUUCUGGACCUUCGAGGGCAACGCCGAGCUCAGCACGGCGUACCCUGCGGCAGAUGGAAUCUACACCGCCCGCUUGUACGACGAUGGCGGCUUUGUGCGCCAGCUCAUUGAGCUGCCCGCCGGCACAAAGGUGCAGGGCUUUCACUCGUACGAUGUCAAGUUCAAAUACCGCCUCGUGAGCUAUGCCCAGGGCGAUGCAAACGUCGGUGUGCCUGCUUGCAGGCUGGACGUGUCCCGCGACGACGAGCGGCCGACAAAGCAGUUGGAGCUGGGCGCAGGGGACGUUGGCUUGUCGUUUGUCGAUGUGACUGUCACCGUCACCAGUGACCAGGACUUUGUCAAGGCCAUCAUGAUUGACUUGUACUGCGGCGACCACGAGAAUGCAAAGGCAGAAAUCCUCAUCGACGCCGUGCAGAUCCUCAGCCGAAACUACACACCCCCAACGACGACGCCGACGCCAACGCCCACGCCCGAGCCGACCAAGACGGAGCCGACAAACGUCGCCCGUAACCCGGGUUUCGAGAGCGGCAAGGAUCAAUGGAUCUUUGCAGGCCAGAGCAGCAUUGGCACGGAGAACUCAAACUUUGACGAGCAGUAUGCCGUCCUCACGGACCAGUCCUCCAUCUCCCAGGUCAUCACCAUGCCUGCGGAGUCCAAGUACGACGGCUACUACUCGUAUGAUCUGAAGUUCAAGUACCGGGUGCCGACGUACUCUGGCACCAGCGGAAGCUACUGCAUGCUCUAUGCCGCGACCGACCGCAAGUCGUGGUACAUGUCAAGCGUCGUGACCAUCACAAAGGCGGACACCGCCUGGACCGACUACGCCGCAACCGUUGACAGCGACGGCGCGUUCAUCGAGAAGGUGUCGGUGGGCCUGAUCUGCAGCGGAGGCAGCACGAUGAACCUGAACAUCGACCAGGUGCAGUUUGUGCCGGGCAAGUACUUGCCUCCGCUGAACGACGUGUGUGUCAACGGUUCGUUCGAGGAUGACACAAUCGCUCCGUGGGCUGCCACUCUUGCAACGCGCGCCGACGGCAGUGGCAACAGCGGCACGCACUACGCGCUGCUGAGCUCUAGCGGCAGCAACCUCGCAAAACUGACGCAGACCAUCGUGCUUCCGGCGCGCUACCCGGAGGACGGCUCGGACGGCUACCAUUCGUACAAGGUCUCGCUCGCGUACAAGGUCUCAGCCUUCACCCAGGGCGAGGCCGAUCCGGGAACCGAAUCCUGCUACUUUGGCCUGUCGUGGAACGACAACGGGGACGCUGAGCGACGAGGGCAACAUCAGCAAGAUCUCGAUCUCUUUCAGUGCACCGUGUCGGCCUCCAGCGCCUUCCUCCAGGUUGACUCGGUCCAGUUCAAGCCAGUCAAGAACUAA